AUGAGCCCGAAAUUCAAAAUCAUUGCGCGCUAUAUCGCCGCAGCGGCAGCAGCAGCAGCUUGUGCAGCAAUUCUCUUGAUGCCGUUUCGCGAGCCUUCGAUAUCGUCAGUAGAUAUUAGCGCUGUUGGACAACAACCAUCAAAUCACUUUCGCACCCCAGAAGACAAUUUGAAGCUCUGGCAGUUCCUCACGGUGUCAUGGAUGGCACCACUUAUCUCCACUGGACGCAAAAGACAGCUACAUGAACAAGAUGUUUGGCUGCUGGGCUUUGACUUUCAGCAUAGCCGGCUCCAUGAAAAGUUUCGUCGGCUUCGUGGCUCUGUCCUUGGUCGACUAUUGAGGGCCAAUGGAAUUGAUGUUUUUAUCAUCUCUACAGUCUCGAUUGUUCAGAUGCUAUGCGACUUUUCGACUCCUGUAUUAUUGCAGCAACUAUUACAGGCUAUGAAAGAUCCGUCGCAACCAAAACGCGUACCUCUGACGUAUGCCUUCCUAUCUUUUACUCUUAGACUUGUCGCUGCGCAGUCCCAAGUGCUGCUUUUGUGGUAUGGAAGACGUUGCUAUGAAAGAUCACGAGGUGAAAUGAUUAUGAUGGUCUAUGAGAAAGCCCUUUCACGAAAGAAUAUCUUCGGGCUGAUGGUUGAGGACAAAUCAGAACCGACCAAUGGCGAAUCGAACGAUGCUAUUAACGACAAUGUAGCUCAGGAUGGCCAACAACACCCAACCAAAGCAGUGGAAGGGUUCUGGCGUCGUGUCAUCUCUCGCAGACAAAACACCCCGCAGAAGCCUGCCAAGGAAGCUGCAUCACUUGGCAAGAUUUUCAAUCUCCUGCGAGGGGAUGUUUACGAAGUGGCUCAGAGGUUUUGGGAGGUUGACUCUCUUAUAGACAAGCCGCUGGGACUUGUAAUCGCCACGUUCCUUGUCUGGACACUCUUUGGCCCGUCCUGCUUCCUGGGUAUAUUAGCUGUCAUCGCUGCACAGGCCGUGAACGCACUAGUAACCAAGGUUCUCCUUCGUUGGGAGCGUGUCAGACGAGCAGCAACCGAUACCAGGCUCCAAAUCACUUCACAAUUUGUCGAAGCAAUCCGUCACCUGCGAUGGUAUGGGUGGCAAAACCAUUGGCUCAACCAGGUAAUGGAAGCCCGACAGCAUGAGUUAAAUAUUCGAAUCGUCACCAGUCUGUGGAGCAUAUUGAUUCGUUUCAUCAAUGCUUUCGCAAGUGGCGUCUUUCCAGUUGUUGCGUUGUACGCAUAUACGUUUUUAGCUGGACAUGAAUUGCGGAUUGACAUUAUAUUCCCCGCCUUGCAGUUGUUUACCAUGCUAGAGACCCGACUGCGUGAUAUUCCUGGUCUUAUCACAUCGCUCAUCAAUGCUUUCAUUGCCCUAGGUCGUAUCGAGGACUUUAUGUCCGAACCAGACAAGGAACGCUCGCCUUCUGGACCUUCCGCAGACGAGACUCCGCUUUCAAUGCAGUCUUGCUCGUUCGCAUGGCCCGGGAAGCUCUCACCUGUCCUGGUUGAUAUUGAUGUCACCAUUCCUAAAGGAUUGACAGUUGUCACCGGCAAAGUCGGGGCUGGCAAAACUGCCUUCCUGCAAGCUCUUUUGGGGGAACUUGAUAGACUUGGUGGCACAGCCCAUAUUCCUAACGAGAUGGUCGGAUACUGUGCCCAGACACCAUGGCUACAAAGCAUGAGUAUUCGGGAUAACAUUCUGUUCUCUGCUCCUUAUCAUGAACAGCGCUACAAGCGGACUCUAGAAGCCUGUGCUUUGCUUCCCGAUCUUGCCCAAUUCAAACACGGCGAUUUGUCGUUUGUGGGCGAAAAUGGUAUUGGCCUAUCGGGUGGACAAAAGGCUCGAGUAGCUUUGGCAAGGGCUGUCUAUAGUGCAUCGCAAGUUUUACUUUUGGAUGACCCUUUGUCUGCGCUGGAUCAUAAUACCGCGGAGCUAAUAGUCCGCAAAUGCUUUUCGGGGCCUUUGAUGAAAGACCGGACUGUUGUUCUGGUCACGCACAGGACUACAUUGGUUCGUCAAAUUGCGGAUCAAAUCGUUGAUAUCUGUGAAAAGCAUGCUACUGUCUACGACAAAGAUACAAUAAAUCUUGAUGUGACCGAAUCUUCACAGCAAUUCGUCGAUCAUGAAGGCGAACUAGAAGCGGAACCUACUCUGGAGGAAGAGUCAGCUGCUGUACCAGACAAAUUCAUUGAUGAUGAGCAUCGAGCAGAGGGGGGGUGUCAAGGCUCGGGUCUAUUGGAACUAUAUCAGGGCCGGAAAAUACCGCUGGUGGCUUUCCCUCGUCUUAAUUUUGGCAAUUUACCGACUGAUGGCUGUCGGACAAUCAUGGUUCCUCAAAGAAGGUCACAAGGCUCCUGGCUACUCUCGGUGUCGAGCAUGGAGACAUACUUUAUGCCGCAGAACCCGAUAGAACAACUGCCUCCUCCACGUGAGGAUGUGAGACCCUGGCUGUGGACAUUCUUUGCUAUCAUCUCUUUUCAGGCUGCCACACUCCUCAUCGCUCAGCUGCUAAUGCUGGUUAUCGUUUACUAUGCCGGGCAGUCGUUGUUCCGACAGGUCUUGGUUCGAGUCAGCCAUGCGACCUUCCGAUACCUAGAUACAAUCCCUCUGGGGCGCUUGAUGAACCGUCUCACAUCUGACAUUGGCGUCGUUGAUGGUAAUAUCAGUGAGCAAUUCCAAGUGAUUGCAUUCCAGGCUAUCAUUUGGAUCUCUUCCGUCCUGGUAAUCGCCACCGCUACCCCAGUCUUUUUGUUGUUCUCCGUUGCUCUCACUGUAGCGUUUGUCUUGAUAUUCCUGCGUUUCCUUCCCACAUCUCAGAGCUUACGGCGCCUUGAGAUGGUAUCCCUGAGUCCUCUGUUAUCCAACUUCGGCGAGUUAUUGCACGGCCUGACCACCGUCCGAGCAUUCCAUGCAGAGUUACAGUUCCAAAGCCGCGUCAUAUCUGUGGUUGACAAGUUCCAAGGGAUGGAUCAUUUCUACUGGUCACUUCAAAGCUGGCUCAUGUACCGGUUCGAGGGCCUAUCCGCUUUUUCAACCUUUUGUCUCACAGCUCUAGCUUUGUACACUAAUACCACACCGGGAUUGGUAGCAUUCGUGCUUAUUGCUGCAAAUAACUUCGUGCAGUCCACACAUGCAUUGUGCAAGCAAUAUGGCCAACUUCAAAUGGAUUUUGUGUCGGUAGAGCGAGUCGACGAGCUACUCCACAUCGAAGAAGAAACACCCGGUACCAUCGCCCCCCCAGCCGCAUGGCCAACUUACGGUAGUGAUGUUGUCUUUGAGGAUGCAACUCUUCGUUACGCGGCACAUCUCGAACCCUCACUUGCGAACAUCUCUCUCCGCAUCCCCGGGGGAUCCACUACAGCAGUUACCGGCCGCACAGGAAGCGGCAAGUCCACACUGGCAAUGUCGCUAUUGAGUGUCAUUAGACCAGAAUCUGGUCGCAUUCUCAUCGAUGGAAUCAAUAUCGCCGACGUUAACACACAAGCAUUGCGCACGCGUGUCACCUUCGUUGCCCAGGAUCCUGUUCUUUUCCCUGGUAGCAUCCGACUCAAUCUAGACCCGACCGAAGACUAUUCCGAUGAGCAGUGCUCCGAGGUCUUGGAGCGUCUGUGUAGUCGGUAUGGAUGGCAUCUUGAAACGAAUAUUGAGGCUGGCGGAAGGAAUCUCAGCCAGGGGCAACGGCAACUUAUCGCUCUUACGCGAGCUGUCCUUCGUCGAAGCGCAAUCGUCAUUCUCGACGAGGCAACUGCUUCGGUUGACCAUGAGACUUCUCUUGAGAUCCAGCAGAUUAUCCGGGAAGAGUUGCAGCAGUCUACGGUCAUCACUAUUGCGCAUCGCAUCGAAGCGGUCAAGGACGCGGAUUACUUCGUGGUUCUAGAUCAAGGGCGUGUUUCGCGACAAGGACAUCCGUCGGAGUGGAGACUCACCAUCAGCCUUCUCGCCAGAUGGGGCAAGACCCUGACCGACUUCACCCUUGUUCUUAAGGUCGAGGUACCAGGCGGAUUCCUCACCGCUGGCGUUCUUCAGGUUGAAGGCGAAAAUAGCCUUAGCCUGGCUGAGAGCGGCCUUGCGGUCGGCAUCGUUAGCCUGGAGCGUCUGGUUGAUGACGUCGAAGGCAGCGGACGAGGGGUGGGAAUCUGGUUCCAUUAG